UCGCGGGGAAAACAGUGUAAAAUCAUCUAACAAUAACAACGAACUAAUGUGAUAAUGUUUGUUUUAUUUUUCGGUCUAUUUGUCUGCGCGUGCGCCGCUCAGUCCGUGUUUUAUGACUCGUAUUCGGGAAAUACUGUGUCCAAUGAAGUAGUUAAAGGACAUAUCAAGCAAAAUACUACAUUUUGGUGCUUAAACGAACUGUUGCCAUGUAACCCACUGGAGGGGAGGAGAGUGGAUGGCUCGUGCAACAAUCUGAAGAACCCCAAUAGAGGGUCUGCCCACACGCCAAUGCUGCGGCUACUUCCAGCCGAAUAUGACAAAGAUUUUGAGCCUCGAAGAAGUAAAAAUGGCGAUCCCCUACCACUGCCGCGGAAGCUUCGAACCUGGUUCCUGCCAGAGGGUCAUGUUCCAGACACGGCAAUGACACAACUUCUUCCACACUUCUGGGUGUUCAUUGUUUCGGACAUGUUGUCUGUCCAUGACACGGUAAAUUACAUACAGUGGAAGCCAUACUGCUGCCAAGAGAAAGGGAAAACAGAUAGCGCGUGCAUUCCUAUCAAGAUAACAGAUGAUGAUCCAGUACAUCGAUUCUCGUCUAUUCGCUGCAUGAACCUCACCAGACCCGAGAGCUUCCAGUCUAGAGGAUGCUUGAGGAACAACACUACUCCUGAAAGAAUUACGACCGCAACACCGCUUUUAGAUUUGUCUCAUGUGUAUGGCAACAGUAUGCAAGUUUUGAACGCCAAGGGAAGGCUGUUCGAGAAAGGGUUGCUCAAAUUCGAAGUGUCUGGUGGAAAGAUCUGGCCACCAAGUUCCAAGACCAAUAAACAUUUGUGCUUCCUGAACCAGUUGCCCCAUGAGACGAGGUGUCAUGAUAUACCGGAGUUAGGCGCGAACAGUGUCCUAGGCGUGAAUCUAUACCUGAUCUGGACAUGGAGACUGCACAAUCGUAUCGCUAUGGAGUUGAGCAAAAUCAACCCGUGCUGGGAUGACGAGAGGACUUUCUUCACCACAAGGGACAUGGUUAUUGCUAUCAUCAUGCAAAUUUACUAUUACGAACUGAUGCCAGCUCUAAUGGGCUACGAGAAUCUAGUGGCAGAUGGCGUAAUCUCAGGGUACCCGGGCUUUAGGGAUAUGUACGACGAGACAGUACUCCCACAGAUAACUCUAGAGAUGCCGUUCGUUCUCCGAUGGGCUCACACUAUUCAGGAAGGAAACUUGAAGAUGUACGAUACAAAAGGCAACUUCCUCAAGGAAACGAAAUUAGUCAAUCUAACACUCAGGACAGGAUAUCUAGAUGAUAAUCUGGAAUACAUCACGCACGGCUCUUUCAGACAACCGAGUGGCAAGUUCGAUUAUGUAGUCGACCCAGAUAUAGCAGAAACCGUCCUUGGUCCGCACCAGCUGGCUGCAGAUGUGUUUUCCAGUGAUUUAACCAAAAACAGAUAUUUUGGAUUCCCACCAUACAUCAAGUACAGGAAGUACUGUUCUGGAAAAACUUAUCGCACCUUCGAUGACUUACUUGAUGUCAUUGACCCAGAGAGAGUAGAGCUCCUCAAAGAACGAUACAAGAACAUAGAAGACAUGGAUCUGAUAGCUGGAUUGUGGUUAGAGAAGUACGUGCCCGGCGGUCGAACCCCGUAUACCUUCUACUGCAUAGUGGUGGACCAGAUGCUCAGGAGUGUGGUGUCUGAUAGGCACUGGUACGAGCGACAGAACCGACCUAAUGCUUUCACUUUGGAGCAACUUCUUGAAAUUAGAAAAGCAUCAGCGGCUCAAAUGCUAUGCGCUGUGGGUGACAAAGUAACAAAGAUACAACCACAUGCCUUCUAUUUAGCUGGACCUGGAAAUGAAAUGCGUAGCUGUGAGAAAAUCAACAAGAUAAACCUAUGGGCGUGGAAGGAUGCAAGCUGCGAACCGAAGAAUCCAUUUAGUUUUGAUUUUGUCAGUAAUAUAUAG